GAGCAGACAGAUGUGUAAAUAAUGCAAUCAAAUAGCCUAUGUUUUCUUAACCGUCACAUUGCGAAAGUACUCAUACACUUGAUUUUACACUUGGCUGAUUUUUUUCUUCAUUUUCUAAGGAAAACUAUUUGUCUAGACUACUUAUUGCAGUAAUACGCGUCAUGACGUAUGGCUUGUGCUGGGUUUUUAAAGCGCAGCUGAAGUAUUGGACUUUCAAAAAGCGCACAGAAGACAACCGGAGAUGUGCAGCCUAAGAGGAAGAAACCCCGACACACCUGCGUAUCUGGAAACACAGGGCAAAUAUGUGCGUCUUCAAAGCACACGAGAUUCGGUUCAGAUGGUGCUGGAGAACUGGCAGAUGGGCGACACUGAUGAACCCAAAGUCACUGUGUAUGAGUAUGAGUUGGAUCAGCGGAUAUGCAUGGCUUUUUCCUUUGAGUUGAAGAAUAAGAAAUAUUUUCCUGUUGUCACUGGUGAUAAGAUUAGCUUUGAGGAACGGUUAAAGCACAAUGAGAAAAGGUUCCUCUUUCAAUGGGCUGAGAAAACAGGACAGUGUUUGGAGUCAGUAGCUGAACCCAACAAGUACCUGGCUGUUAUAGGCAGAAAAGUUACCAUCCAUUCAUAUCCGACAGAAUUUACGAUCCAUUGCCAAGAGAAAGAACCAAAAAGGUCAUGCAUGACACCAAAAAAAGCAUAUCCGAAUACCAGAAACAGCGUGUAUGUUUGUUGCAAAGGAAGAUCAACUCGAAGGACAGUUGUGGCGAAUAUGAUCUGCAACAGUGAAAGCUCCCCUAAAAGGAAAACAAGAUCAUCCAGCAAGUGCUUUUCGGUUAUGAGACACAACUUGAGUGGUACAAAAAAAUGCCAUUCUUUUUGGGCCAACCUGGAUGUUAAGAAAGUCUGAAUGCAAAAUGAUGUUAAAAGUAUUUGACUAUCUGUGGUUUUAUGACGUCAUCAAAAUUGUAUUACUUAAGUGAAUCAGAAAGUAUAUGACCCAAGUUUAACCUGUUGACUAACAACACACAGGACAGGAAUAUAAACCAUAUGAGAUUUUACUGCAUUGCCUGUAUCACCUACUUUAGUCACUUUUUAUGGAGCUAUUUCACCUUUUGCAAAUCCUUUUUGAAUGAGGCUGCUGGUUGGUUCAUUUCCAGUAUUUAACAAACAACUAUUGUGUAACAUGAAAUACAUGGUUUGAGAUCUGCUGAUCGAGUCGUCUGGUCAAGUUCAAAUACACACAUUUUAGCUCAUUUAACAAACUACAGUAUAUUUAUAUUAACACAACAUGUAAAUGCUUGCAUAACGUGAUGCUUCUAACAUCAGUUUGCUGUGUUUUCACACUUUAUUGUUGUAUAAGAAAGUUUCUUGGCAUCUGUUAAAUCUUACAUAAUUGCAUGUAAAGACACGAUUAACCUGUCUGAACUCAGAUGUGAUCCCUUGUCAUGAGAAGCAGGAGAUGCUGCGGCCUGAGAUGUUGCAAUUUAUUAUUGUACAGUAGAAGUCAUUUAUGCAUGUAUUUAUCUAUUAAUGUAUUUAAAAUAUUCAAUAUUUUAUUACACUUAUUUAUGUUUAAAAGAAUAACACAAUAAAAAUGUUGUAGCCUUGUAAUUCACAUGAAUGUAGUUAUUUUACUUCUUUUCAUUGAUAUGUACAUUUUACUAAUACUACUGCCAGAUCAAUUGUUUCUGGCUGAAUUUAUUUACCAGGUUAAACUGU